AAAGUCCCUCCUCCUCCUCCUCCGGAGUUGCACUGUGUUUUGUGUGUGUGAGAAAGAAAGAAGCGUUCAAUCUGUCCAGAGCGCGAGCGAGCAGCGUCACACCACGUUGAAGAGACUACCUAGAGUGGCUCGCGAGCGGCAUGGACGAGGAGAUGCUGUCUGCGGACGAGGGACUCGGCGUGUGCGCGCGGCAACGGAGCCCGUACAGCGCCCUCAGAACGCUCGCGAGUAAGCGCGCGAUUGUAAGGGCGAGGCGAGACAGACCCACCAUGGUGGACAUCCCGCAGGCGGGGGACGGCGCAGGGCGCGCGCAGCAGCAGCUCGCGACUGGCCCGCCGUACACGCACCAACUGCAGCUGCAGCGCCUCCCCUGCGACGCGAGCGCGAGGCCCAGCAGCGUCGGCGGAGCUCCGGGAAGCUCCGUGCCACCCCCGCUCUUCUGCGGCCCCAGAAGGGUCACCCAGCCCGCGGGCCGCGCGGAGCUCAACCACGAAGCUCCAGACUGCAGCUACGGCAUCAGCCCCGUGGCCUGCAGUAGAACCAGACACACUGAGGGCCAUCACAACACAGUUAAUGCCAAAAAGAAUCGUCUGAUUCUGGAUGCGUUUGCACAGCAGUGCAGUCGUGUUUUGAGUCUGCUGAACGGUAAUGGAAGACUUUUGGCACCCCCGCCAGCCCUCAGCCCACCAUCCUCCUCUAUUUCCACUGUCAUCAAGCAGGAAGUUGGCUGCCAGUCUGAGAGCGAGCCGCUGGAGUCCAAACCCAGGCCAGAAGAUUUGGACGUGUCAGCGGCCCAGGAAUCGUCCCAGCGAGGUGGGGAGCAGUUUAACCAGCAUCAGACCUCCUCCCUCCUGCAGGUCUUCACAGAGUCCCUGCAGAACUACCUGCUGGCUGGAGCUCAGGCAACACAGGGGGAGUCCCGCCUCCAGCCUGACCACCAGCCUUCUGCCUCUGGGUCACCCCCCCACAACCUGGGCGGAUGGAGCUCGCCAGCGCCCUCAGAGUCAUACGGACACCCUUCCUCUACAUUGCCUGAGGAUGAUGAGGAGGAGGAAGGUUGUUGUCCACGCUGCAUAGAGCUGGAGCAGGAGGUCCUGAGCCUGCAACAGGAGAACGAGGAGCUUCGGCACAAGCUGGAAAGUUUCCCAGCACCAUGUCAGACAGUGUUGGACUACUUUAAGACAGUCCUGCAGCACUACAACCAGUUUGCACCACCUCCCGUUCAAGAGGAGCAGCUUACGGAGGUUAGCGAUCCAGACACUGGGCCAGAUGGCAGUAAGCAGUUGUUGGGAAACUACCCUCUCUUCAUUACCAACAAACAGUGGGACGAGGCAGUGAACUCGUCAAAGAAGGACGGUCGGCGGCUGCUACGUUACCUCAUCCGCUUCGUCUUCACCACAGACGAGCUGAAGUUCUCGUGCGGUUUGGGGAAAAGGAAGCGUUCAAUCAUGAACGAUGCUGGGCCAGAGAGACGGCCACUUAACCCCAUCAAAGUCACAUGCCUGAGAGAGUUCAUCCGGAUGCACUGUGCGUCAAACCCAGACUGGUGGAUGCCGUCUGAGGAGCAGAUAAAUAAGGUGUUCAGUGAUGCAGUGGGUCACGCACGUCAGGGCCGGGCAGUUGGAACCUUCAUGCCCUGUGGAGGAGGCAGUGGAAGUGGCAGCAGUAGCAGCGGCAGCAGUCUGUAUAUGGACGGCUAUGAUGGACAGCUGUCACAGGACGAGCUCUACCUCAAGGGUUCACAGAACGGCCUGGGGGACUAAAGCUCACUGAGAAGGACUUCAACCAGCAGGCUGUUUGCAGCACGCACACUGUAUAGUUGGACUGUUGUAGCUAUGUGGCCUAAAGGUUCCAUCUGUGAUGUCACUGAUUGUUCAAUCCAAAAUGUCACAAUGGCCUGGAAUGAUUACAAAGCAGAAUUUCUCAGUAAACUGGAUUACAAUUAAUCAGCCAGAAAUGAAAAUGACACAGUUUUCCACCCACCACAAAUCUAUCUGAUCAGUUUGAUAUUUCAAGAUUGCAUCUUUAAUUUUGCACUGGAGCUAUGAUACAAAGUAAGCUAACAAGUAAUUGCCACCAGGUUAGCAUUGUGUAAAUUGCAUGCCUACAUCAUCACAUUCUCAGCCUCAUACUAUGUUGAAUUCUAGAGUAAUCACAAACAGACUUGCAUGUGUGGUUUCUGACAGGGUGCCACAUUCUGUUAUCUGUCUGAUAUCUGUCUAAAUCUAUCUGUACAAACGUACACACAAAAUGUAACUUUAGAGAUGCCUGCUACUGCUGCUUUUGAGCUAUAUGACAGGCUUUUUCCCAUUGUAUAGAUAAUACAUUUACGGCAUUUGGCUGACGCUCUUAUCCAGAGCGACGUACAAUUUGAUCAUUUUUACACCGGUAGGCCAAGGUGGUGUUAGGAGUCUUGCCCAAGGACUCUUAUUGGUAUGGUGUAGGGUGAUUGCCCAGGUGGGGAUUGAACCCCAGUCUACAGUGUAGCAGGCAGAGGUGUUAACCACUAUACUAUCCCAAAUAAUAGUAUGCCAUACAGUACUGUGCAAAAGCAGGGACUUGUUAUUUAUUGAAUUUUCAGUCAAAAUGGCCAUUAAGCUAUUCAUUUUUCAGUGUCACGAAAAAAGAAGAAAACAUACAUCAGAACAUUACAUCAUAAAAAGCAUCAACAACUAAAUAUAAUAGUUUUUCAGUAUGUAGUGUGUCCAAUUUUUGCCUUGAGUAAUUCUUGUGUUUUAAAGAAAUCUGCAGGGAUCUUUUUAGGCUUAGAAGUUGCUUGUAUUUACUGCUUCUCAUGAGCAGAGUUUAGACUCAGAAUUAAGAUGAACUUAGACUCAUGAGUCCAUAUAACUCUACUAGGUCUGGCACACUUGUUAGAGUUUCAUUUUCUCUUUCUUUGAAUCAUUUUUUGAAGUUCACUUUUGGAAACUCCUGUUUUUUCACUUAGUUUUAUUUGACUUUCCUUAUUCAAAUGGAUUUUCUAAUAUCUUCAUAAAUAUCUUUAGAUGUGCAGGGGAAACAAAUUUGCAAGGCAGCUAAUGUGUGUGUUUGGGUAGUUGUGUGUGUGUUCUGUUAAAAAAAUGUUCUGUUAAAAAAAGCUGGAAACAUUUUUCAACCUCUGAAAAAUUAAAAGCUACAUUUCUGUUUUGACUGGAAAUUAAAUAAACCAAAGGGUGCUCUGAAUUUUGCACAGUACUGUUCGUCAGCCUCAUAUUUCCAGUUCAAAACUAAAGAAUUAUGCGGACAUUGAACACAUAUUGACAUGUCAGCUACAACAAUUAAAACUUAACAUUACGUUUUUGGCUGAACCAUCUCUUCAAGUUGAAGGUGAAGAUGGCCUGACAGGAAUUUCUUUGACUUCAUCUCCUAUUGGACAGGCUGGACUUUUGCUAGAAAUGAUCUGGUUAACUGAGAAAUCCUGCUUGGUGAAACACCCCCUGAUGAGACAAAUAAGCAAGCAAACAAAAAUAAUCAUAUGCUUUUCUAGACUCCUCCUCCCCCACACUCUGCAUCAGUCUCUUACCAUCAGUCCAGCAGCAGCCUUUUUUUUUUUUUACCAAUAUUUACUCUACAGUCUGCAGUGUUGGCUCAGUUAAUCUUGCUUGCUGUACUAUUGUAGCAUUGUACAUACUGAUAAAGCCAAGAGUUUUCUCAUCCAGAUUAUCGCUGAGGGAAGUGUGAUAUUGAGAGCAUGUGGUCAAACAAGACAGGGAGAAAGACAAAACAUCAAAUCACAACAUUCAUAUCUCUUACUACAUAAAUUGGUCAUAAUAUGAUAAAAAAUAUAUAUUUUAGUUAAAAACGUGAUAGAGAAAUAAAUAUGAAUGUAUUAAUUGUAAUGAUGUUCACUGUAAAUAGGGAAGUGAGCUUCCUAGUGUCAGUCUAUGUGUGUAUACGCAUAACAUAUUAACAAGGUGCUAUUAUAAUGAUUCAUAAUAGACAAUGAAUAACAUAUCAGUGAAAUUAUUCAUAGAAGGAAAGUUAAAGUGCCAUCUUUUGUUCUGUUGUCAGAUUUUGAAUGUUGUGGUAAAAUCAGUUUCAUGGUCAAUAUUUGAUGGAAUCUGUCCAUGUUUGUGAAUAUGGAAGUGAGGCUAGAAUGUUGAUGUGUAUAGAUGGCUAGGUAAGCUCUAAUUUAAGCCUUAGGGGAAGAUCCAUAAUAAAGAUUAUGCUGGUUCUUACAUGUUAUACAUAUAUUUAAUGGAGAGAAAGGAAACUGGCUCAAUCUGCUGGUGAACUGCAAAGAUCUGUAUUCUAAACAUACGAUGUGGACUUAUUUGGGGGUCAGUGUACAAAGGCCAUUCAUGCAUAAGGACAAUUUUGAGAUGCCUUAAACAGAGACAACGUCCACCACUCAGAACUUCAAAUACUGCCAAUUUCUGACUGUUGCCAGUCUGCUGGGACUUUACCACUGCUGAAGCUUCUGGCUGACCUUAUUGUUUGUUUUGUUUUGUUUUUGUUUUUAAAUAGAGCUAGCCAGAAUAAUAUGGUACAAAAUGAGCUAUAUCCUCGUUCUGAGGCUUUAGCCAAGAAGGACUGUCUAAGCCUGUGUUGCUGUGUUCUGUAGCCGACUUUGUUGUGGUUGUGUAUAUCCAUGGUAGCUUGGUUAGUUACCCUGUUAUAGGAAUUCUGUGGGCACUGUGAAACCAUAAACUGUUGUUUGUCAUUAAUGUCAGUAGAAUA